AACUCCCUCAUUGUGGUACCGGAUGCAAAAAUAGAGAAGACUGUUGCCAACGCCAAGGUCUACGAUCACUUCCAGUUUGAGCGGCUGGGUUACUUCACCGUGGACCAGGACUCAGAACCGGGCAAACUCGUUUUUAAUCGCACCGUGUCACUGAAGGAAGAUCCCGGCAAAUCAGCACACACCCAACAAAAACCAGGAUGCAAGAUCAGUGGCGACGGCCAUCAUUAA